AUCGAUUUAUAAGCCUAUCGACUAGUUACAAGAAAUCCACAUUAACAAGAUAUUGUUAACAGUAUACAUUGUAACAUUUAAAUCAUUAUAGUUAGUAACAUCACCGAUCGUACAAAAAUUAUAAAAAUGAAACUUUACUACAUUUUAAUGGCGUUUGCCUUUGUAAACGUAGCAUUUGCCUUUGUUAACAUUUGGGCCAAACUUAGAGAGGAUCAUAAGAAACAGGUUGUCAUUACAAAUAACCACAUCCGAUCGGCUUUCCAUCAAGAGAAACUACAUAAUGCAAUUAAAGAUGUUAUUUGUGGAAAUGUAGAGGGAAUAUACAGAUAUUCGAUGGUGGAUAUAGCUUUUAUGAUGGCUAUUAUACCGGAGUCUAUACACAGUUAUAGCAUACCACAAAUGCAACAACACAUAAAGUUCCAGACUGAUAUGCAAAACGAAAUAUUUAGAGCCACCGAUCUCACAGUGCCUCGAGUUCGCCCAAACUACAAUUUCGAUGAUGAUUCAUACUCAGACCUUAAACGGGAUAGAAGAUUUAUGAUUAAAGAAGCUACAGUAUAUUUAAUCCUCGACAAUAAAUCUCUACCCGGACCAGAUUUUGACGAGACCAAAUUUGGCGAUAUGUGUCGUUUAAUUGGAUUAUUCAAAAGUAUAAUAAACCCAGUUUCAUAUAUAAUAUCUGCUGUGGUGGACGAUUCAAAUAAUUGUACUCUAACUGCCAUAGACAACAGUGUUAGCGAAUACAGGUCUAUUGAAGGCCACGUUUACCAAGUAGACACCGAUCCACAUAUAUUACUUCGUAGCCAAGCAUUGAGUAUCCAGUAUGUGUGAGUAGACCAGGAACCAUAGGGUUGUAAUUUAUCAGAAAUUUGGUUUUACCAAUUUUAUUAUGUUGAAAUAAAUUGUACACUCCGAUAUAAUGUUGAAAUUGUCAAAUAACUAAAUGUAUUUCAUAAUAAACAGUUUCGCUUAUAAUUACACA